AUGGAACCCAGCGAAUCCAAACUCGUCCUAAUCACUGGAGGCCACGGCUUUCUUGGCUCCCAUCUCGCGCGGCGUCUUCAGACGGUGGGGCCGUACAGAAUUCGCAUCGCCGAUAUCGCGCAUAACCUCUCGAACGACGGGCCGAUCUGCCAUGAAUUUAUCCGCGGUGAUCUCACCGAGCCAAAUGUAUGUCGCGCAGCAGUGCAAGAUUUCGACAUUGUUUUCCAUUUCGCGGCCAACAUGGGCUGCAUGGGCACAAUCCACGACGAGAACGAUUUCAUUCUCUAUGCACAAAACCAUUCCAUGACGACCAACCUCCUCCGGGCAUGUCUCGACGCCAAAGUCAGACAAUUCAUUUAUGCGUCGUCAGCCUGCGUCUAUCCCGAAGCUCUUCAGACCGACAUCAGCAACGACGUCUCCCUUCACGAAGACAAUGUAUGGGCAAACACCCCACCAAAGCCCCAAGGCCUCUACGGGCUGGAGAAACUCAUCUCAGAAAUUCUUCUUUCCCAAUUAGCCUCAAAAAUGGAUGUCCGUAUCGUCAGAUUCCAUAAUGUGUUCGGACCUGGUGGCGCAUGGAAUGAUGGACGAGAAAAGGCGCCGGCCGCGAUGCUACGCAAGGCGGUCGCGCUGCAGCUUCUCGGGAACGAGGACGCGGCAUUCGAGGUUUGGGGUAGCGGGCAGCAGCGGCGGAGUUUCCUCUUCGUCGACGAUGCGAUCGAUGGGGUCCUGAAGUUGUUGGACUCUUCGAAUUCAGCACUUCAAGUUUUCAACAUUGGCUCAGAUUCCGCCGUCUCCAUCCAAGAAUUAGCAGAGAUCGCCCUCGCCCAAGUUGGCCUUGAUCCGUCAGCUGUCACUUUCUCUUAUGACCAGUCGAAGCCAGUGUGCGUGGCCUCCAGGAACUCGAACAAUGAAAGGAGCAGUUCGCUUCUGGGUUGGAGGCCGACCAUAUCCCUCAAGGACGGUAUGCGCCACACCGAAGCGUGGGGUCGCGGCGAAGUCGUCAAAUUUCUGCAAGUAUCCGGAGAUUCUCACACCAUCCUCCUUCGCCAAAUGCUGGAAAGCAAAGUUCUUCACCUCCAACCGACCGACAUAAUCUUCGCCAUCCUCCUUCCCAUUACGUCCAGAGGCGGCAACGACCCGAAUGAUUGCCUUCACAAUCUUCGCAAAUUCGCCGCCUCUUUAUUUCGAACGACAUGGAGAGACGCCCACUCAAUGUCCGGUGCAUGCUAUCGCGUCGUCGUCUAUAUCGCCAUCGACUACGACGAUGACUUCUUGCUCGAAAGAACCAGCGGGUACACCCGUGCAGAAGCCGUUCUGCACGACGAGGGCCUUCAUAUCUUGUUACGAUCACCUGCAGCCAUCCUCGUGGCCACGUCUGCAAACUAUGGAAGGAUUGUGCGAAAAGGGCUUACAUUGAUGGUUGUGACUACAUGGUCCUCAUGGGUGAUGACGUCGAACUUCGGGAUGAAGGCUGGAUGA